AACCAGCUCCUCCGAGCGACUCAAUAAUGGACCCUCCGAUUCGUGACUCGGAGUCCAACCCUAAACCCCUCUGUGAAAACAAGGACGUCGUCUACAUCGACACCAACCUCGACACUCACUUGGCCGUCCUCGUCUCCGAUCACGAUACCGUCUCCGACCUCAAAGAGCGAAUUUUGUCAGGACACCAAUCAUGCUUUCCCAAACUUGGGCGGAUACAGAUUCAUGCAAUGAAGGUAAAGCGCAAAGGGUACUUUUAUCACCUAUCUGAUUCCAUGUUUGUAAAAAGUGCCUUCUAUGGUUUCAACAAGAGCUGGUUUCUUAGUGUGGAUGUUUCUCCAUUGAGCAAUUGUGGUCAAAAUGAUUGUUCUUCUGAUUCUCCUAACCAACUGGUACUUCUUGGCAAUUCAGAUAAUGCCUUGACUAGUUUGAUCAAUGAUAAGAAAGAAGAACAUGAUUUUGUGAAUGCAUCUGAAAAAGCUGUUAAGGAUGAUAACGUCGUUUGCGAAGAUGAAAUGUCAAAAUCUGUGUCUAGUGCAAAGGAAAAACAGAUGAGUACAUGGAAAGAAGAUGAAGAUAAAGAAAAGAAGUCAGAACUUGAAACAAAAUUACAACCUUUGGGUGUAAAGGAGCCAAAGGAACCCAAGCAGUUGAAUGAAGAUAAUUUGAAUAUUGUUCUUGACCAGUGCAAUGAAACUGGAGAAGUAUUACAAGAUGAUCCUAAGCCAAUGCAGUUGGAAGAAUGCAUACCAUCUGAACAGAAUAAUAACACUGAAGCAAAUAUCAAGGAAUCAAAUGUGACUCCGAAAGCUGUUUAUAUGAAUGAGAUGGGUGAACCUGUAAAAUCUGAGAAAAAGAAGAGAAGGAAGAGAAAAGAUAAGGAUUUGGACGAAAGAACAACUACAAAAGAAGAGUGCACACCAUCUGAACAGAAUAAUACAGAUGCUAAUGUCAGUGAAUUAAAUGUGACUUCAAAAGUUGCUGUUUCAAAAGUUGUUGUGCUUGGACUCAGUGCAGUAGAAAAAUUAUGGAAGAAGAAAACAAAGACAAGAAAAAGAUAA